AUGAGCCAUCAGUCUGAGCCAAAGCCACCGAGGCUUAGCACUGGUGUUGAGUUGGAGUUUGCUGUCAUCUACGUGUUUCAUACAAGAGAUGCAUCUAGCAGCGAGGCUGAGGAGAAGAUUAUAGAUGACGAUCUGCCCCAGCCUCUGGAGAUUGAAUUCCCAAAAGGCGUACACAGACCAAAUUUACACGACAUAGGCCAGGAAGCUGUUCAAGAGGCGAUAAUCAAGACACUGCGGGAUGCUGGAUUUCCUACAGAAGAAGCUGAAGUGAGUGGACAAAAAACGCAAGAAGCGCGCCAACUCGAUCCAUUUCGACACUGCCAAGUCGCGAGCGAUACUACUAUCAAAGUAAUUGGCCUUGAGGGCUUUAAGGCGAGACUACCACUCAGAUAUGCCGCAAUCGAGAUUGGGCUUCCUGUCGAGUGGGAAUCGCCACUCAGUUUCGAGGUUGUGCGAUAUAUGAUUAAUUUGCUUGCCUCCAAAUUCCGGAUCCAGAUCAACCCAACCAUGGGCCUCCAUAUUCAUGUUGGAAACGGCGCUGCUUAUAUGCCAUUUCAAUGGGUCAAGAGGAUAAGUAUGAUGUCUUGGGCAGCCGAGCGGCUUUUGGCAACUCUGCACCCACCGACUCGAAGCUUUUGUACUCACUGCAUGAGUAUCCGUGGAUAUAGCCCUCUCGCUCAUGGGGUGCAACUUGAAGACCACCUUGAACACAAUUUCGAAGAGAGACUUUUAUGUGAGAGGUACAUCGCAAGAGCCGUUCGGUUUGGGGAGGAGUCAACCUUGUGGCGGGAGGCCCAUAUUGACAAGAGUACAGUCGAAGCAUUCACUAGGACAAGACGUUCAGGUUGUUUUGAGUCCUUUAUUGAAAACAGCACUUUAACGACGAGUGUUGCCAUCGGCGCAACCCCAAGUCAAUCAGAAAUGAUUCUGCCACGAGUUCCCGAUCACAUGCUGAGCAAGCCAAAACGUCUCAACACGUUUCCGCGGCUCAAACUACCAAGGUAUACCGAAGAGGACGCGGAGGCGAUGAACCGGAUUAACGGAGACGUAUUAUCAGUCGCUGACCUGGCCAAGGACCGUGGUAUCUGGUACGGCAUAGAACAAAUAGCGCGGACGGAGUCGUCCUGUCAGAUUGAGGGAAUGCUCCAUACCAACGACAGAGCCAAUUAUAGCUUUCUGCAAUGUUCCUGCCUCAACAUGGGCCAUACUGGAUGGAGCAAGAAGAAGACAAUUGAAUGGCGACAAGGUGCGGGUACAAUGGAUGCAAGGUGGGUAGCCACUUGGCUGAGAAUUGUUACAGGCGUCUCGCGAUUCGCUAUGCACUCUCCCACUGAUGAGUUUCUGAGGAUUAUUCGUCGCUGCGAUUAUGCCGAGGAGGGAGGCUCCUAUGAUGUUCUCGAUCUGCUCGAGGACAUUGGUCUAGUUGCCGAGGCAGCCAUUGCUGGCGAAAGAAUCAAGAACUAUAGAAGGGAAUGGUGUCAGGAAUAUGAGGACAAUAGCUGA